AUGAUUACGCAAUUUAAAAAAAUCCUGAAGAUUUUAAGUCGUUGCAAAAUAAAGGUAAAUAUGAAAUAAUAUUAAACUAAAGCAAUUGCAUUAUAAAGCUUAAAUAGAUUUGAAGAAGCAUUAUUAUUUUUUGAUCAGGCAUUUUCAAAAAACCCCGAAGAUUUUAUGGCCUUCUUUAAUAAAGGUAAAUUAGAGUUAAUAUUAAAAUAAAGCAAUUGCAUUAUAAAGCUUAAACCGAUUUGAAGAAGCAUUAUAAUAUUAUGAUUACGCAAUUUAAAAAAAUCCUGAACAAGCUGACAUAUAUAAUAAUAAAGGUAAAAUUAGGUUUGAAUAAAGGAGUUGCAUUAUAAAGCUUAAACAGAUUUGAAGAAGCAUUAGAAUAAUAUGAUUUAGCAAUUUAAAAAAACCCUGAAGAUUGUAAAGCAUUUCAAAAUAAAGGUAAAUUUUAAUUAAUAUUAAAAAAUAAAGCAUAAGCAUUAAAAAGCUUAAAUAGAUUUGAAGAAUCCUAAUAAUAUGUUGAUCUUGCAAAUUACCUCUAUGCCAAACAAACAAGUAAAAUUAACAAUACAUAAAUUACAAUUAUUAACCAUUUGA